CCAACCGAGUCAGCAGUUUUAGUUUGACGACGAGAAGUUAACCACCUGGAGACACUAAUUCGUAGUUUUCUAGGAGUGCUACGCAUAAAAUAAUUAGGAAAAAACCAGAGAAUCCAUUGAAAAUAAAUAAUGUACGGUAUUGAUAAUUACCCCAAGAAUUAUCAUGCCAGUGGCAUUGGACUUGUCAAUUUGGCAGCUUUGGGCUACAGCAAGAAUGAAGUCAGCGGCGGGAACUCGGAGAGCGCAAAGCCGAAGGCAGGGCUCUACCCUUCGCUGCCAUACCCCUCAUCCGAGUCCGUGGGUGGCAUGCCAUAUGUUGUAAAGCAGCAGGCGAGUCACUCACAGAAUGCCUCGUACCCGGGAAUGAGCGUCGGGAUGAGCAUGCCAACGACUGGACCAUCGGCCCCGUAUGCAAGUGCCGCGCCAUAUCCAGGUGCCGCACCAUAUCCAGGAGCCGGUCUGUAUCCCAGUUUACCGUCUGCAUCUUCAUCGUUGCCGUAUCCAUCUGCGCCCCUGGCACCAUAUCCCUCGUCGAUGCCGUACCCGAGCAUGCCACAACCUGGACUUCCGUAUCCAUCCGCUCCACUGGCCCCGUAUCCAAAUGCGAAUACUGCAUUUCCGAGCAUGCCAAUGCCUUACGCCCCCCUGCCAACAAGUCCAGCUCCCCAGCAGGCUGGCGGGUUCCCGUCCUUGCCUUACCCGACAGCGCCGCCACCAGCCAGUGCGCCCACACAAGAGGAGGAGCCGUCUGUGGGAAUUGCCGAGCUGAGCUUCACCAGCGUCAAGGUGCCGGAGAAUCAGAAUAUGUUCUGGAUGGGCCGCAAGGCUACUAGCACCCGGCAGACAAGCAUUCGAGGCGAUGACUUUGCUUCGCUCCGCGAUUCCUGCGUGAUCAAUGGGACGAUGUUCGAGGAUCCCGACUUCCCGGCCAACAAUGCCUCCUUAAUGUUCUCCAAGCGUCCCGAUCGCUACAUUGAAUGGCUUCGCCCGGGCGACAUUGUGGGCGAUCCCCAGUUCUUUGUAGAGGGCUACUCAAGAUUCGACGUCCAGCAGGGCGAGCUGGGAGAUUGCUGGCUUUUGGCCGCUGCGGCGAAUCUCACUCAGGACUCCACGUUGUUUUUCCGCGUCAUCCCACCGGACCAGAGCUUCCAGGAGAACUAUGCCGGCAUAUUCCACUUCAAGUUUUGGCAGUACGGCAAAUGGGUGGAGGUGGUCAUCGAUGAUCGCUUGCCCACCUACAACGGCGAGCUGAUCUACAUGCACUCCACGGAGAGGAACGAAUUCUGGAGUGCCCUGUUAGAGAAGGCCUACGCCAAGCUACAUGGCUCCUACGAGGCUCUCAAGGGUGGCACCACUUGCGAGGCAAUGGAGGACUUCACCGGCGGCGUUACCGAAUGGUACGACAUCAAGGAGGCUCCACCAAAUCUAUUCAGCAUCAUGAUGAAGGCCGCCGAACGUGGCUCGAUGAUGGGCUGCUCCCUGGAGCCGGAUCCCCAUGUCCUGGAGGCCGAGACACGCGAGGGUCUGAUUCGUGGACACGCGUACUCCAUCACCAAAGUCUGCCUCAUGGAUAUAUCGACGCCGAAUCGCCAGGGCAAGAUGCCAAUGAUCCGAAUGAGGAAUCCAUGGGGCAACGACGCUGAGUGGAGCGGUCCGUGGAGUGACAGUUCGCCCGAGUGGCGUUUCAUUCCAGAGCAUGUAAAGGAAGAGAUUGGUUUGAACUUUGAUCGCGACGGCGAGUUUUGGAUGUCCUUUCAGGAUUUCCUGAAUCACUUUGAUCGUGUGGAGAUCUGCAACUUAAACCCGGACUCGCUGACGGAAGAUCAACAAAUCAGUUCGCGCCGGAAGUGGGAGAUGUCGAUGUUUGAGGGCGAAUGGACCUCGGGAGUGACGGCCGGCGGAUGCCGCAACUUCUUGGAGACGUUCUGGCACAAUCCGCAGUACGUAAUUUCGCUAGAGGAUCCCGACGACGAGGAUGACGACGGUAAGUGCACAGUCAUUGUGGCCCUGAUGCAGAAGAAUCGUCGCAGCAAGCGCAAAGUGGGCAUCGACUGCCUCACCAUUGGCUUUGCCAUCUACCAUCUCACGGACCGCGACCUUCAGGUGAAGCCGCAGGCUCUGAACUUCUUCAAGUAUCGCGCCUCGGUGGCACGUUCUCCGCAUUUCAUCAACACGCGAGAGGUGUGCGCCCGCUUCAAGCUGCCGCCUGGACACUAUCUGAUCGUGCCCUCGACCUUCGACCCCAACGAGGAGGGAGAGUUUAUCAUUCGCGUCUUCUCCGAGACAAUGAAUAACAUGGAGGAGAAUGACGAUGAGGUCGGCUUCGGAGAUACAGACGAUCGCAUUGCUCCCGCUUUGCCGCCACCCACCCCCAAGGAAGAGGAUGAUCCUCAGCGCAUCGCCCUGCGACGCCUCUUCGACAGCGUGGCCGGAAGCGACGAGGAGGUGGACUGGCAGGAGCUUAAGCGCAUUCUGGACCACUCAAUGCGCGAUGUUAUGAUGGGCACUGAUGGCUUCUCCAAGGAUGCUGUGCGCUCAAUGGUGGCCAUGCUGGACAAGGAUCGCUCUGGCCGCCUGGGUUUCGAUGAGUUCGAGGCUCUGCUGACGGACAUUGCCAAGUGGCGGGCCGUCUUCAAGCUGUACGACACCCGGCGUACCGGCAGCAUCGAUGGCUUCCAUUUGCGCGGAGCCCUCAAUUCGGCUGGCUAUCAUCUGAACAACCGGCUACUCAAUGCCUUGGCGCAUCGCUACGGCUCCCAUGAGGGACAGAUACCGUUCGAUGACUUCCUGAUGUGUGCCAUCAAAGUGAGGACCUUCAUCGAGAUGUUCCGCGAACGGGACACGGACAAUUCCGAUACGGCCUUCUUCAACCUGGACGAUUGGCUCGAGCGCACCAUAUACUCAUAGACAAAUGGAGGCCAGGCCACAAUAGUUGCAAAUACAAUCGCUUUCAAUUGAUACUAAUCUAAUCCUAAGUGCCACAUUUACUUAAUCCACAUUCUACACAUGAUGCUGCAUGAGAAAAUACAGAACCAUGACGUUACUUGUACAACCCUCAGAUGGAGAUACAGUCAUACACCAUGCCAACUAAUGAAUCUUAUCAAACGACUAAAACCGGAAAUAAUGUGCGGUAAUUGAAGGGACCUUGAAAUAGCUCGAGGUGGCGAUACACGAUAAACGCCACAAAACCCAAUGGUGCUUUGUAUACAACACAGACAGUCGUUCAUAUAUUAAAAACUGUAUAUACUAGACGCUUUAUAGAGCGCUUUUAAUACGUCUGCUGGAGGGAUGACUAAGAGUAAACAUAAAAAAUUCUUCUAGGCAUUUUAUGCACCUCAUUUAAAGCCGGAAAUUUGCCAGUACAAACUGAAAUCCGCAUUACUAAUCCAUUACAUACGCUACGAGAUCCUCGUACAGCCAUUAAAUAUUCUAUAAUUAAGUCAAUAUUUACUACAUAUAAAAUCCAUAUAUGUAAAUUUUGUAUUUGUUCUAAUAUUAUUGCAAUCUCUGAACCGACAACCGCCGUUUUUGUUCAGGUGAUAAACUGAGACGAACAAUGCUCCCUUUUUGUUACUACGUAUGUAUGUAUGUACAUAUGUACAUAUUUGAAUAAAAGUUGGGAAGUGUUUGGAGAGCGCAAUACGAAGCGACUCAAUUACUCAUCGAAUCAUUGUAAUCCUAAAGAGAAUAAGCAAAGCCCAGUAUCGUUAAAUUUAAUCAAUGAAAUCAUCAGAAAAGUUGUAUUAAUGAUCCGAUUAGAAAUCUCAAAAUGUCAAACUAUCGAAUGUAAACUUUUUUCUAUGUGUAAUAUUUUUGAUAAAUGUAAAACUAACUUCGAAAGAGGCUAAGCCUUUGGAAACUUGCGAACAAACUAACGAAAAAAAUACCCAAAAAUAUUGUUUGUAAUCUUAUUGUUAUUGUCUUUAAAUGAUGUUGUUGUGUGCUGAUGUUUUUUUAAAUAAACUGCAGAUUUGCGAUUA